AUGAAUGGCGCCAUAAACAAUGACUCCCGUAGCUUUUUGGAUUACAGAGCACAGGGUUUAAAAUUGCAACCACCCAAGUUCAAGCCAACAUUUGACUCCACGAUCUGCAGUUCUGAUACAUAUUCUGCGAGUGACUUUCUGGAAGAAUUGAAGGAGAACGAUAUAAGCUGGAUAACGUGGUCACCAUUGAAAAAAGUCUAUCUGAAUCUUUCCCGAUAUGGUAGCCCAACCAGUUUACUUCCAUCGUCUGCAUAUUUCGCUGUUGGAACAACGCGAGGGGUGGUGGUGAUAUUUAACCAUAAGCAAUUUAUUCAAGUCGCGCUCCUUCCCAAUAAUGACUGCCCGACCUCGGAGGUCACUUUAAUAGAAGCUUCGGCCGAUGGAACCCAUGUAGCUGCAAGUUUGAAAACAGGAGACAUCUUCAUUUGGGACUUGAAUGGUAGUAAGGACGAGAGCAUCAGUUUGGACGGGAACCGUGAGAUCCUUCCAAUUUUGCAUAUCACAGAGCAUCAAAAGGUCACUGGCUUAGGAUUUGUCUCACAGCGUCACACAGCCCUGAUAGUGAGCAGCAACUCGGGAACAGUGUCCUACCACAGCGGUUUUAGAAAAGGAUUAUGGCAAUUAUCUUAUAGCACGUCGAAACUGCUGAGCUCUUGUCCGUCAUACGAUGGUGCUACCCUAAGUGCCACUUACCCUGGAAGUGCCAAAGAUUCAAUUUCAGAUUUGCAACCUGUGGCAAUUUUCUCGGAGUCGUGUCUCUCACUCAUUUCUGCUAACAAGUGUGAACUGUGUUAUAGUAGCCAGCUACAAGUGGAAAGCGAUAGUCAGCCCAAGCUGAUAUGGAGCCCGUUCGGCGAAUGGCUCUGUUUGAAAAGUGCUAACGCACUUGAGGCUUUUAGAUUUGAUCGUAUUGAUUCUUCCACCACUCUCAGUGUUUCUUCGAGGGUGCGAUGGGUGUCUCAAGAGUCACUACAACACGUAGAAUGGCUAUGUCCUUACUUCAUAGCGGUUCUUACGAGCUCCCAUAAAUUUAUUGUUUUGGAUGUACGUGGGCGCCCUCAUGAGUUCUUCAGUACUGAUUUACUACCUCUCAAUCUAUCGAAGCCAUUUGAAAAAAGUCUCACGACAUUUAAGCAAAGGCUAUUCACCCUGACGAACUUUCAUAUGCAGCUAGGCGAAUUUUUGUCCUGGUCCGAUAUUAUUCUUAGAUUGGUACAGAAAGGCGCAUACAUGACUGCUCUCAGGGCGAUUCGUUUUUUCGUCUCUGCAAAAGAUUUACCUUUUGCUCUGUUACGUUUGAAGGAGGAGUCUGGUGCUCGGAAACACCAACUUUCACAACCUUUAAGAAACUUGUCCAUCUCUAGUAUUCGUCAUGUCCUGACGAACUUCCACUACGACUCAUCCUCAUCAAUUUUGAUGAACCUACUAACAGAAAUUAUCUUAGGCCAUUCCGCGAUAUAUGAUGGUGACGUGGAAUUAUCGCAGUUCAUCGAGCUAGCUCUCGAUCAAAUUCCAAGGCAGGCAAAAGACUGGUUUUUUUCCUGCCUCAUUAACAUGUCCUCGCAAAGAGUUGUAAAAACGCUAAGUCCAAUAGUCUUGAAUGAGAUGCUAAGAUCUAAGUCGAUCUACGAGGAUGUCAACGCCCUCCGGAGUCUACUAUUUCAUUUGGAUCUUUACUCAAUGGAUAUCAAUUUUGCAAUAAAGCUCUGUCAAAAGCUUCAAUUGAAUAGAGAGCUCAUAUAUGUAUGGACAAUGACAACAAAGGAUUUUCUAACGCCAUUGAUGGAUCUUUUAACGGCAAUUGGGAAUACUUCUAAUAUGCCACAUCUUUUAACAAGUAAUGUUAAGGCCGAUGGAACAUUAGUAUAUGAUUACUUAUCAUACGUUCUGACUGGUAGACAAUUUCCAUCGGAGAUCACAAUUAAACCGCAGUCUUUGGUACAGAACACAAAGCUUGAGCUCUGCUACAUUCUCUUUAAUGGCACACUGGUAAAUUGGCCUACCCACUCUGAAGAGAAAUUUUAUACCCGCCGCGAUUAUUACGAGGAGCCUGCUUUCCCAUACAUGGAGCUGCUUUUGAACUUUGAUUUGAAAUUAUGCUUAGCUAUGUUAAAUGAAGUGAUUGAAGAUCCAUUUUUUGACGACGAGGGUGCUAUAUCGUCCAACACCGAUGGCGAAAGCAUUUGUAAACUUCAUACUAGUCGGCAAUUUGUUGUUGACUACCUUUUGGACAAAGUCAAGACCAGUUCUGAUAAUGAUCAGAGAAUUCUAAUCUCAAUAUUCAUCAUCAGAAACAUACCCAAAUAUCCCCAAUUCAUUAGAUUAUCGACACAGAUGAUGAACAAACUAUUAUUGCUCCUUUGUACCGAACCAAAACCUGACCAAUAUGGAGAUGUAGAAGAUUGUCUCGAGGCAUUAUUCACAGAGCCCCACAUCACAGGUAUUUCAACCUUUAUCCCUUAUUUGAAAGAAAAAAAAUUCGAUCGAGUUCUAUAUCUUGCUUAUAAGCGACUGAGUCUUCCAUCAAAAUUACUUGAUCUCCGCUUAAAAUCAAAGAAGCUGAAAUUUGGAGCGGACGACAGAUUAGAUGUGCUCCGAUAUUGUUUGAGUCAAACGCAUUCCUCGCCUGUAGAGCGUAAAUGUGUCGUGGACGUGAUCCGUGAAAAUAUAAAUGCUAUUUUGAAUAUCGAGCCCGCUGGAGUCAUACAAACUUUUGACGCAUUUGACCCAGACCUAAAUCUUGAAGUACUCAUGACAGAUGACCGCACGAUUUAUGUUCCCUACCUUCGAGAGUAUUUCCGAUAUCACAAGGUAGAAUAUCCCUGGCAAAUGGAGCUCUUAUGCCCACUAUUAAAGACUUUGCGCAAAGAUGUUGGUGAAUCUGAGCUUUGCAAGCUGCUUCGCAAGUUAAACAUGAGUAUAACAGAAUUAAAAACAGUGCGCGAAAUUCUGGAGGGCUGUGAUUCAGUAUUUGGCUUAUUGCUUGUUGAACGUCUAUUAGGAAAUCUUGUAAAUGUCAUCGACAAAUCCAUUUCCUUUAUCAGACAUAAUCAGAACAGUGAGCAUAAUGAAAGGCUUUUGGAGUUUGCCCUGGAGACGUGUGCUGCGUCUGAGGGAGAAGUUGCCAGAAUAUGUUGGUCCAAGAUGUUAGCUUUUUCGUUAGCAGCCGGAUUUCAUCAAUCGCAGAGUCAGGAUGACUACUACCGUCGUUCGAUCGGCAUUGUUCUUCACGAGCUGGCAAGGAGAACUGUCCAUAAAACACCAAGUAGUGCAACACCCAUUGUGAAAGACGUCAUGACGCGUGCUCUAGAGAGCCAGGAUCUGAUUCUCACCAAGAUUCAAGACCUAAAACCACUACUUGAUGAACUUCUUUGUCUGGCGAACGUUGAAAGAUGCAUGCUUCAAAAGGCUUUAGAAAUCGUUAACAAAUCUUCGUCUACUAUUGUUUCGCGAUAUGAAAGCAUGCGGCGGAACGGUUGGUCAAUUGGUAAGAAUGAUUGUGAAAUUUGCGGAGAGAUUUUGUAUGGCUGCAACAUUCCCAGCCGAAUGUUUUUUGUUUGGAAAAACCAUCAGCCUUUUAACUUCUCCGAAGGACAAGACAUUAAUGAGGUGGAUAAAAGCUCUAUUGUGUUGUUCGAAUGCCACCACGGUUUCCACGAAAACUGCUUAAUAAAUUUAGGACAGAAAAAAGGGAUCUACGAAUGUCUUUCAGUACACUGCUAA